UGCCUGCCUGGCGCGCCCCCACACAACUGGAACCAAGAAGGCUGUGUCCUCCUUCCUCUGGCGUCCUUCCUGUCUCCUGCUGUCAGGUCAGACCUCUGAGGAAGCCCAGACUCCUCUUCCCGCAGAGCUUUCCCUUUCUUGGUCAUCAAUUCCCAGAUUGUGCCUCGUACUCUUCUGGGGAACCUCUUAGCGUCUACAGCAAGCCUGACGGGGACCUGAGGUGACAGCUCUCACGCUGACAGUGGGGGGCAUAGUCCUCAGAAUGUUCUGGGAGAAAUAGAAACCAGAGCCAGAGCCUCUAACUCGUUCCCCCCAAUAAUGGGGCCCCCAGUGAGUCAUCUUCUGGCUGGCCUGUGUGUGUGGGUGGCCUUGGGCUGGGUAGGGGGCUCAGCCCCCAACCUGGGCCCUGCUGAGCAGGAGCAGAACCAUUACCUGGCCCAGCUGUUUGGCCUGUAUGGGGAGAACGGGACACUGACUGCAGGGGGCCUAGCGCGGCUCCUCCACAGCCUGGGGCUAGGCCGAGUCCAGGGCCUUCACCUGGGACACCACGGGCCUCCAGCUGGUCGGGCUGCACCCCCAGCUGGAGACAAUUCCACGCACAGGCCACAGGACCCUGACCUGAGUGUGGAUGUCUGGGCAGGGCUGCCUCUGGGUCCAUCAGGAUGGGGUGACCUGGAGGAGCCAAAGGCCCCACCACCACCCCAUGGGCCAGCCCCCGCGGGCCUGGGCCUCUUUCACAGGCUUCUGCUGCUGGACCAUUCGCUAGCUGACCAUCUGAAUGAAGAUUGUCUCAAUGGCUCCCAGCUGCUGGUCAACUUUGGCCUGAGCCCCGCUGCUCCUCUGACCCCCCGUCAGUUUGCUCUGCUGUGUCCAGCCCUGCUUUAUCAGAUCGAGAGCCGUGUCUGCAUCCAGGCCCCAGACCCACCCCCCCCAGGGGAUCUAUUAUCUGCCCUGCUUCAUAGCGCCCUGGCCGUCCUCCUGCUCAGCCUCCCUGCUCCCCUCUCCCUGCUGCUGCUGCGGCUCCUGGGACCUCGUCUACUGCGGCCCCUGCUGGGCUUCCUGGGGGCCCUGGCCGUGGGCACUCUUUGUGGGGACGCGCUGCUACACCUGCUGCCACAUGCACAAGGAGGGCAGCACGCCGGACCCAGCGGGCAGCCAGCGGAGGACCUGGGUCCAGGGCUGUCGGUGCUGGGAGGUCUCCUCUUGCUCUUCGUGCUGGAGAACACACUAGGGCUUUUGCGGCGCCGAGGGCUCAGGCCAAGAUGCUGCAGGCAGAAAAAAAAGGAUCUCGGAACACCGAACCUGGACCCAGAGGAUGGCAGUGGGAUGGCCCUUCAGCCCCUACAGGCAGCUCCAGAGACAGGGGCUCGGGGCCACAGAGAGCAAGACAGCCAGCCCCCACCAGCCCCUGUCCCUCCUGGGCACCAAGGCCACAGUCACGGGCACCAGGGGGGUGGUGGAGCCAACAUCACGUGGAUGGUCCUCCUGGGAGACGGUCUGCACAACCUCACCGAUGGGCUGGCCAUAGGUGCUGCCUUCUCUGAUGGCUUCUCCAGUGGCCUCAGCACCACCCUAGCAGUCUUCUGCCAUGAGCUGCCCCACGAACUCGGUGACUUUGCAGUGCUGCUCCAGGCAGGGCUGUCCUUUCGGCAGCUGCUGCUGCUGAGCCUGGUGUCUGGAGCCCUGGGACUGGGGGGUGCAGCCCUGGGGGUGGGGCUCAGUUUGGGCCCUGUCCCCCUCACUCCCUGGGUGUUUGGGGUCACUGCCGGGGUCUUCCUCUAUGUGGCCCUCGUGGACAUGCUACCAGCCCUGCUUCGUCCCCCUGAGCCCCUCCCUACGCUCGAUGUGCUCCUGCAGGGGCUGGGUCUGCUGCUGGGGGGCAGCAUCAUGCUCACCAUCGCCCUGCUGGAGGAGAAGCUACAGCCCCUGGUCUCUGAUGGCUGAUGGGGGCCAGUGGAAAGGCGUGCAGGUUGCCCUUCCUUCUUCCCAACCACAGGAAUGGAGGCGGGACACAGGGCCAGUAGGAGCAAUAGGAUUUUAAUAAACAGAACCCAUCCCAAAGCCAUGACUACGACAGUUGUACUUGCACCAAACAGCAUAGAAAACCAGGAUGUGGCAGGAGGGCUCAAAGCGGGUCAGGGGAGGACAUGAGUAGGGGCCUGGAGGGUGCGGGUGCAUCCAUCUGCAGGGAGAGCAUUGUGCUUUAGCCCAGGAGCGGGGAGGGGUGGGGCAAAUGCACCGAGGUCCCCACUUUUUCCUGCUGCCCUCAGCACCCUGGCGAUACAGGCAUCUGGGCAGAUCUGCCCUUUAUUGCUGCCCACCAGCAUCAAACACCCCCGACCCCAACGCUAGCACCACUGGUGGAUCCGGGGCAGGGAGAAGGGCAGGAACGGGAAAAUUGCUUAGAGAAAGAUUCAACUAGAAUCCAGUGAAUUGUGCUCAGUUCUCUUUACUUCCUACAACCGAGUACAUGGAUCACAGGGUGGAGGGUGCACCAGGACAUGAAUGUGCCCCUCAGUGCCCCACACACACCCCUGCACACAGGAUGGUGGUGUCUGCAGCAUCACAGGUCAUGCAGGGCAUGGGGAAGGGGAGGUUCACACACACAGAGACGCCCACAGUGGGUACCAGACAGAGAACACCCCUGAAUAUACACAGCUGUACACAGGGAACCCCCAGGUCCCCAACCCAACCCUCUCCCCUGUCUUGCCGUCCCCCAGGCAGGAGGAACUGUAUUGCUUUGAGAGAGCCACCCUGGGGGCCGCUCUGCCAGGCACCCUCCCCUCCCACCCACCCCCAUUUUGGCACAUCUGCAAGACACGGCAGCGAGAGUAGGCUCCCUCCCUCCCAGGCUUCUGUGGCUCGGAGUUGAGGAAGGGCGUAGGAGACUGCAUCCUCCAUCUUUCCCCUAGCCCUUCCCAAACCCCUCCCAAACCCACUCCAGCCAGAACCCACCCCACCCCCCAAACACACACAUACAAAGCUGAGCUAUCCAGGAAUACAGGGGACAAGGAGAUUGUCCGGGAGGGGAGCAGAGGCAGUGGGGGAAGAAAGGACUGGAAGCAGAGACCCCACCCUGGCGUGGGGUCAGACUGGCACAACAGCUACUUUAGUGCAAUUGCAGAGGGUGCCCAGAGUGAGGGGGAGAUGGGAGGGGAAGGCUCUCCCGACUUCCCGGGGGGCAAAGCCAGGCUCCCCAGGGAAAGGGCCUAGCGGGAAUGAGCGAGGGCCAAGGGCGGAUCCUCUCGUCACCCGCCGCCCUCUGCCCUCCCAAAUGCAGUGACAGUGUCCCCCUCACACCUAAGUGGGCAACAGCAGCCUCGGAGUCAGUACCUUCAAGUAA